ACCCAAACAUUGCCGAUUUUGUCGACAGAUGAUCAUCCCCGAUUUACGGCAAGAUUUCGUGGACGACUUUAUCUGGGCAGCCGUUCAGGCGAACGCCACUUAUGAGGACAGAUAUCUCCUUGGUACAGCCCUUGCACGCCCACUCAUCGCCAAGGCCAUGGUGAAAGUUGCCAUAGAGGAGGGGGCUCACUAUGUGGCGCACGGGGCUACAGGAAAGGGAAACGACCAGAUCCGAUUUGAACUCGGGGCCUAUGCUCUCCACCCAAGUAUAGAGGUGAUCUCCCCGUGGCGACUGCCAGAGUUCUACACCACUUUCCCUGGUCGCAAGGAGCUCUUCGCUUACGCCGAGGUGAGGAUGACAUAAAAUCUAUACAAUAAGAUAAAUAAGAUAAGA